AUCGCAACAGGGUUACUUUCCCUAUCUAAGAGUCGUACUUUUGAGAUAGAGUUUGAAUUGCAAACUAAAAUACUUUUUUUAGUAUUUCUUCUUACCUUUGCUAUAUUUUCUCUUGGAUCCAACAAGUUUCAUAUUUGUAGGAGCCAUUCAUAUGAAUUCCAAGGCUAGAAAUGCAGUUUGAAAAAAACACAUUAAAAACGAAAGGAAUCUAAACUUUUAUCGAAUUUCAAGAAGCUAAAACUCUUUUUAAGACCGCAGUGUAGGUCCUUA